AUGUUGGCAGCAAAAUUGCAAGGAACGACGACGUGUCCGAAGGCCAAAGAUGUGGUGAAUGAAAUGAGGGUUGAUCGUGGACUGAAAAUGAGUUAUUGGCAGGCAUGGAAAGCAAGAGAAAAUGCUGUCGAAAUGGUCAGAGGAUGUCCAAAAAACAGUUAUAAAUUACUACCGUCGUAUCUUGUACUGAUUAAAGAAGCAAAUCCAGGUACUGUAACUGAGUAUUUGGUAGAUGAUGAUGGAAGCUUCAAAUAUGCAUUCCUUGCUUUGGGACCAUGCUUGACAGAAUUUAGUGUGAUGAGGAAAGUGAUUGUAGUUGAUUGUACAUUCUUGACUGGCAAGUUCAAAGGUGCACUUUUGAGCGCAAUCUGUCAGGAUGGAAAUGAACAGAUUUAUCCACUUCCAUUUGGCAUUGCAAAUGGAGAGAACGAUAGAUCAUGGGAGUGGUUUUUCUGUCAACUUGGUUCCUUCAUCCCUGAUACAGCGGAUACGGUCUUUAUUUCAGAUCGACACGCAUCAAUAUCAAGGGCUAUUCGUAAAGUGUAUCCUUCGGCCAAACAUGGUGUAUGUACAUACCAUUUGUCGAAAAACCUGAUGACCAAGUUCAAGUGUAAGCGCGUCACACCUUUGUUCAAGGAAGCCGCACUGGCAUUUACAAGAAGUCAUUUUGAUAGAGUGUUUGAUCACUUGAGGAAGAUUGAUGAAGGAGUUGCUAAAUAUUUGGAGGAAAUAGACGUCAGGAUGUGGUCCCGGGCAUAUUUCGAAGGAUGCAGAUACAAUAUUAUGACGAGCAAUAUUGUUGAAUCGUGGAAUUCUGUGCUGAAGGGAGCCAAAGAUUACCCAAUUGUACCUCUCUUCGAACACAUUAGACAGACACUUACGCAGGCCUCCUCAACACUAAGACAUCUCCCCUCUGUUGGGACAUCAUCGGAUGUGCUUCUCCCAAUCAACAAUGAUUGA